AUGCUGUCACUUGGAAGGUCAGCGCGGUUGGAUGACACAAGGGACUCUCCUGAAUAUGUUGUGGUGGCAGAGACAACCACAGGCGAUGACGGGAUCGCCCGGAUUCGUUCCUAUGCAUCUGUUACAGAAGAUGCUCUUCGUCGUGUCGCCAUCGAGAAGGAAGUCGUUUUCACCGUGCCCAGCCGUGGGCACGAGGUUCGGGCAAAACGUUCCUUGACCGUAGGAUCGCUGGAGCUUUCUUCUACUCCGUUGCCAGCUCCGACCGCCGAGGCAAGAUCCGAAAUUCUCUUGGAAACAAUUCGCCAACUGGGAGGGGUGUCGACGGCGUUACUGCAGAACAUUCCAAGAGAUAAACGAACAGAGAUCGAAGAGCUUCGAGAGCGUGUUCGUCUUGCAGUAUCGCUUGACAGUGGAUCAGAUUGGCCGCUCUGCUUUGCUGCCUUGGACGCGAUUGAAAAGGGAGAGGGGAAACCCAGUGAUAUCAACCAAUUGGAGGAGCUAGUUGAGCCUUGGUUGAGUUCGGCGGAGUCUCUCAAGAGCCUCAACCUAUUUAAAAUCUUGGCAGGAUCGCUUACACCAGACCAAAUCGUUUCACUUGAUCAAGACUACCCAGCAAAGAUCGCAGCACCUGACGGAACACGCAUUCCUGUGCAUUACUCAAAUGGGAUACCCACAGCGUCGGCCAAAUUGCAACAGUUCUUUGGGCAGACUGAAUCGCCCUGUAUUGGGCCUCGCAACAAUCGAAUUCCUGUGUCUUUGUCUUUGCUCUCCCCAGCUGGAAAAGAGCUCGCGAAAACAAAGAAUCUCCCAUUCUUUUGGAAAGAAACGUAUCCAUCCGUGAGGGCCGAAAUGAGAGGUCGAUAUGCCAAGCAUCCCUGGCCUGAGAAUCCUAUGGAAGCCAUCCCUACUCGUCAAACAAAAAAGCAACAAGCUUCGGUUGCCAACGGCGCUGCAGAGCCAACGACGGCCAAGAAGAAAAGGGGUGGAAAGCGGCGUCGUUGA